GCACCUUCCUCUCUGUGAGUCUCUGUUUGUGUCAGGGGCGAAGAAGAACUCAGACGAGGCUGAGCGGAACAGGAUGCAGGCUAUCAAGUGUGUGGUCGUGGGAGAUGGAGCUGUGGGAAAAACAUGUCUCCUCAUCAGCUACACAACCAAUGCCUUCCCCGGGGAGUACAUUCCUACUGUAUUUGACAACUACUCUGCUAAUGUGAUGGUGGACAGCAAGCCAGUCAACCUGGGCCUCUGGGAUACAGCCGGACAGGAGGACUAUGACAGGCUCCGCCCACUGUCCUACCCACAGACGGACGUUUUCCUGAUCUGCUUCUCUCUGGUGAGCCCGGCGUCCUACGAGAACGUCCGAGCUAAGUGGUUCCCGGAGGUCCGUCACCAUUGCCCCUCCACACCCAUCAUCCUGGUGGGCACCAAGCUGGAUCUGAGGGACGAUAAAGAGACCAUUGAGAAGCUGAAGGAGAAAAAGCUUUCACCGAUCACCUACCCUCACGGCCUGGCUCUGGCAAAAGACAUAGAGGCAGUGAAAUACCUGGAGUGCUCGGCUCUGACCCAGCGUGGUCUAAAGACUGUGUUUGAUGAGGCCAUCCGCGCCGUGCUCUGCCCUCAGCCCGCCAAGGUCAAAAAGAAGCCCUGCUCGCUGCUGUAAAAUGAUUCUUCCAGAAACUGGGAGAAAAACCGCUGAACCUGGGUAAUAAGAAGAACAUCUGAGAGUUCUGUAUUGUUUAUAAUAUCAAAAUACAAACUAGAUUUCCACUAGUUUGAAAGAAAAUUAUAAUAAAUAAUGCUUUCGGAGUCAUAAAA